AGUGCGGGCUGCUGUAAAUAAAUAAAGGCGAGAAACUCAAAUCAGGAGCGCUACAGAGAGAGCAACAAACGCACACACCUGGAGCCUGUAAAGCGUGUGCCUGUUUUUGAGCAUCAGGAAGACAGCAGGAAAAUGUGAAUCGCUCAAGGGAACGCCUGCUCGACUGACAGCGUCGCAUUCAUCAGCGCAAGCCUGCCGCUUGUGGAGGAAUGCUCUGUAAACCUAUAGGCAUGACCCGAGGCUGUGUGGAAGAGAGACAGUUACCUGCUGUUUCUCUCACUAGACUGAUGUGAUGGCUGUGUAUUUACAGAUAGGGAUGUCACAAGAAGAGUGAUUUACAGACUCUCUUCUUGGCUGCACCAUCAUCACGACCCCUCUGGAUGUUCUCUUGAUGUAUUGCUGUGGUCUGGGACACUGGCGGAGAGAACUGUCCACCUAUGGUUCGGCGGACCGUCAGGACUCAGGGGCCACUGAGGAAAAGGAGAAGAAUGCUCAAGUUCAGCUGGAGAAGGCCAAGUUUAAGCCUGUUGCCUUCGCCGUACGAACCAAUUUCACCUACACUCCCACAGAUGACGAUAACGUCCCCAUACCUGGUCACGGAGUUUCCUUUGAGGCUAAAGACUUCCUACAUAUCAAAGAGAAAUUUAAUAAUGACUGGUGGAUCGGGAGACCUGUGAAGGAAGGAGGAGAGGUUGGUUUUAUCCCUAGCCCUGUGAACCUCGAGACCAUUCUGAUCAGAAGAGAGGUGCAGGCCAGAAAAGCCGCCAAAGCAUUAGCCAAUAAAGCGGCUAUUUCCACCAAAGAUGAUCUGAAUUCAAAGAAAGCAGCUCCACCACCAACAGUUCAGCAAGUGAAAAAGAAAUCGGGAGAGCAGUUGGCUGCAUAUGAUGUUGUGCCUUCCAUGCGUCCUGUGGUGCUCAUGGGGCCUUCACUUAAGGGCUAUGAGGUUACAGACAUGAUGCAAAAAGCUCUCUUUGACUUUUUAAAGCACAGAUUUGAAGGAAGAAUAACCAUCACUCGGGUGACAGCGGACAUUGCACUUGCCAAGCGGUCCAUCCUAAACAACCCCAGCAAACACGCCAUAAUGGAUCGCUCCAACACGCGCUCCAAUUUAGCCCAGAUCCAAGGGGAGGUUGAGAGGAUUUUUGAGCUGGCCCGCAGUCUACAGCUUGUGGUUCUGGAUGCAGACACCAUAAACCAUCCUCUGCAACUUAGCAAGACCUCCUUGGCACCUAUUCUGGUCUAUGUCAAGAUUUCAUCACCAAAGGUUCUCACAAGACUGAUAAAGACCAGGGGCAAGUCUCAGACCAAACAUCUGAACGUUCAGAUGGUGGCUGCAGAUAAACUGGCCCAGUGUCCUAAUGAGCUUUUUGAUGUCAUCUUGGAUGAGAACCAGCUCUCGGAGGCCUGCGAGCACAUCGCAGAUUACCUGGAGGCCUACUGGAGAGCCACCCACCCUCCUGAAAUGGAGCCAGCCAACCCCAUGCUGGAGAAGCUGGCGGAAAACACACUCCCCGCCAGUCCCACACCUGCUAAGGAUGAACAGAAAGGCAAGAAGACGGCUGCCACCAAGAGAAAAGGAUCUCAAGAGCCCCAGCAGGAGCAUCUGGCCCAGCCCCAGGAGACCAAAGAGGAGGACGAGGAAGUGCAAGAAGAGGCAGAGGAAGAGGAGAGACUCCUUCGUAGUGAGCCAAAGAGACACAGCCAUCAUCAUCACCACCAUCAUUAUCACCAUCGCUCCAGUACAAACCGGACUGAACACCAUAACAAACACCAGCACCACACGCGUCACCAACAGCCCGCCGACACCGAGCUGCUUCCCACAAAAGACACUGCGUACGCGGACCACCGGAGCAGACGCGUGCUGCUGGACGAGGCCGACCGGGACCAAGCCGAGGUCUACCACAACAGGACUGCAUCUCACAGGGACCACAACCACCACCAUCACCAUCGUCAUCAUCACCACCGCCGGGGGCAAACCGACAUCCCAGCGGAUUAUUCCUACCACGGUCAGCAGGAUUACGAGCUGGAGCACAACGAGCGUAACAGGCAGCAGAGACACCAGAGCCAGUCACGCAUGCGCCAAGAGCAUCACUACAGUCAGCCGCAUCACAAUCACUAUCCGUACCAGCGGGACAGAUGUGCGGAGACUGAAGAGUGGACAGAAAAUAUGUACAUUCACCAUUGAGCGAGUGUGGAUUUGAGUUGUUUUUAUGCUGCUAUGUGAAAUGCUGGCAGCUGUGUACUCAGGACAGCACGCUCUCUCUUUAUCUGUUCGUACCACUGCAUGAUCGCCUGCUCUGGUCGACAUCUUGCGUUCCUUUAUUUCUCUCUUGAUAAUCCUGUGCUUCUCAGGCUUUUUACUACCAUACUUAGUGCUUGAUCAAUAUACAACAUGGACAAAAAUACGAAGACACCUUCUUUUAUGUAAUGGGCUGUUUCUGUUACAUCUGUAGAUGUCCACAUAGUUUUGGCUAUGGGUUGUAGGUUCAAUAACUCUUAAAUGAUGACAGUUAAAGGGAUACUUCACCCAAAAACGAAAAUUCUG